AUGAAUACUGUAGAAAUACAAUUUCAACUUGGACGUGAAUGUCGUUCAGCAAUAUUAGAUUCGGAAGAUUAUUUAACUUUUGAUUCAGUUAUUCGUUUAAUUCAACAUACAUUUCCAACAUGUAAACAUCCGUUUACAUCAUUUAUUUAUGUAGAUGAUGAUGGUGAUCGUGUAACUGUAUCAAGUGAACUUGAAAUGGAUCCAUUACGAAAUUUUUAUUAUCGUAUAUGUCAAGAACAAUUAUCAUCGAAACCAAUUCUUAAACUUCUACCAAUUGUUAAUCGUAAUCAUGCUAAUUUAACAAUUAAUACAAUUUCAUCACCGUCCAAUGAACAUCAUCGUCAAAAUAAAAAUUACGCUUCUCUUGAAGCAAAUGCUGAAAAUAUCCUAUCAUCAGGCAAUAUGUUAUCGCUUGAUAUGCUUGAAAUAAUUGGUACAGGUAAUAGCGGUGUUGUACGACGAUGUCGUAAUCGUCAAACACAACAAAUUCUUGCUGUUAAAAUGAUUUCACUUGAUUUUCAAAAAGAAGAAAAAAAAACAUGA